AUGGCGACUGCUGGCCCCUCCACGCACAGCGCAACCGUCAGCACCAACAGCGGCACCGUGGACAUGUCGAUCCACAACGACAGCCACGGCGGGGCCGCCCGCGGUGGCGGCGGGCGCCGCGCGGGCGGCCGUGCGGGGCGCCACCUCGGGGCCGCGCCUCGUGGUGGCGACGACGAGGACGGCGAGGAGGGCGGCGCUCAGACCUCUCGUGACGGCGAGGCGCGCGGCGAGCCUAUUGGCUCCCAGCUGCUGAUGGGGGAGGCGUCCGGCGGCGGCGGCGGCGACGGCGGCGAAGGCGCGGCGGACGGCAUGGAUGCGGACGCGAACGGCGAUGGGGAGGACGGCGGCGGCUUGAGCGGGGCUGCCGGCAUGGGCGGCGGCGGCGGCGGCGGCGGCAGGGGCUUGCAGCCAGGCGACCCGCGGCGGCGGCGCGCGCCCGCGGUGAUGGCGUCGCUGAGCGGGACGCACGACCCGGCGCUGGAGGCGAUGCAGCAUGCGGGCGCGGCGCAGGAGGGCGCGGGCUGGCUAGGCAGCCCGCCGCCCGACGGCGGCCCCGCCAUGCCAGCCAGCAGCGCCGCGCAGCCGGGCCCGCCGGCGCGCGGGCUCGGCGGGCGGCGCGGCAGCGGCAGCGUGACGCCGGGCGCCGGCGGUGGCGCCGCUGCGGGAGCGGCGGAUGCAGAGGCUGCGGUUGGCGCGUCGGGGCAGCUUGGGGAGGUGCCUGAUGCGCAGCCCCCAGGAUGGCGGCCGCGGCCGCUGCGCUGA